CUUUCUGCGCAUGCGCUGUGCUUCUUCCUCCCGUCAAGCAAGAUGGCGGCGUCCUCUGUCUGCCGGGUCGCGGGUUGCGUGGCCAAAAGGGGCCUUUUGCGCGGGCCUCGCGCGCCGCCAGCCUUAUGGAGUUUGACAAGAAGUGGAAGUACUGCAACGUACGCCCAAGUUCUGCAUAACCUUCCUGAAACACAAGUCACUACCUUAGACAAUGGUCUUCGCAUAGCGUCUGAACACUCCGACCAGCCAACUUGUACAGUAGGGGUAUGGAUUGGGGUAGGAAGUCGCUAUGAAAAUGAAAAUAAUAAUGGCACGUGCAACUUUGUGGACCAUAUGGCUUUCAAGGGCACAAAGAAACGCCCUGGUGCUGAAUUUGAAAAAGAAGUGGAAAGCAUGGGUGCCCAUCUCAAUAGCUACACCUCUCGUGAACAGACAGCCUUCUUCAUGAAAGCUUUAGCAAAAGAUUUGCCCAAAGCCAUUGAGAUUUUGGCUGAUGUAGUACAGAACUGCAGUCUGGAAGAAUCUCAGAUUGAGAAGGAGAGGAACGUCAUCCUUCAGGAAAUGAAAGAAAUGGAUGCCUGCUUGUCUGAUGUGGUCUUUGAUUAUCUUCACGCUACAGCUUACCAAGGCACUGCUUUGAGUCGAACCGUUGAAGGAACAUCAGCAAAUGCAAAACGUUUGACACGUACAAACCUAGUGGAAUUCACUGAGACUCAUUUCAAAGCUCCUCGUAUGGUCCUGGCAGCUGCUGGAGGUGUUAAUCACAAAGAGGUUGUGGACCUUGCCAAGCAGCAUUUUGGCAAUGUUCCUUUUGAGUACAAGGAAGAUACAAUACCCAUUCUUCCAAAAUGCCGCUUUACUGGCAGUGAGAUCCGUGUCAGAGAUGAUGCUUUGCCAUUGGCUCAUGUUGCCAUUGCUGUCGAGGGACCAGGUUGGGCUGAUCCAGACAAUAUUCCCCUCCUGGUUGGUAACGCAGUGAUUGGGAGCUACGAUCUUACCUUUGGGGGUGGGAAGAACCAAUCUAGUAAACUGGCUUCGAUUGUUGCUCAGACAAACAUGUGCCAGAGUUUCCGAGCCUUCAACACCUGCUACUCUGACACAGGGCUCUUCGGUUUUUAUUUUGUUACUGAUGGCUUGCAUAUUGAAGAUACAAUGCAUUUUGCCCAGGGUGAAUGGAUGAGCCUCUGCACUAGUGUGACUGACAGCGAUGUGAAGAGAGCCAAAAACAUCCUUCGAAAUUCCUUGGUGGCUCAACUGGAUGGCACUACUCCUGUCUGUGAGAAUAUUGGAAGUCAGCUGCUGAACUAUGGACGGCGGAUAUCUCUGGCAGAAUGGGAUGCCAGAAUUUCUGAGGUUGAUGCCAAAACUGUGCGCGAGGUGUGCAGUAAAUACCUUUAUGACAAAUGCCCAGCUGUUGCAGGAGUAGGUCCUAUUGAACAGCUUCCGGAUUACAACCGUGUCCGCAGCGCUAUGUACUGGCUUCGUUUCUAGCCUGUGUUGUGCAGAAUAGAAAUAUGGCCAUGCAGCCAAGGAAAGGUGCAUCCUCCAGGUCUAUUCUUGUGACUUUCUUGAGUGCCAGUGGCAAGUUGGGUUCCCUAAUUCCUGUACAAUACUCUUCUUUGAAGUUAUGUAGGUGGCAUAUUCAAGAAAAUGAAAUAAAUUAAACUUAUAUGA